CGUGCUGUGCUCCAGCAGUGCACAACACUGGAAGAUGACCCCUACACCACCAGAAAACACCCAGAGCUGGGUGAGUCAGGCCCUCGUGUCCCCUCUCCAUCAGGGCUGGGUGACACAGGACCUUGGGGAGCCUGAUGGUGAUUUCCCACAUCGGAGGCUGCAGCACUGCUUGCCCCCGAGCACCUUCCCUCCAUGCUUCAUUGCCCCUGAGCACAGAGCACGGCUGCAGCGGUGGGGCCCUGCCUUCCCCGUCAUUGCCUGGCGGGGACAUCGGUGCCCUGCACUGCCCUGUUCCCAGCUCACCGCCCGCAGCCGAUGCCGUGUUGUGGGCUGUACCCAGGAAGUCGAGCAAGGAGGUGAGCGGCCUCAGGUGGCGGCAGCUCACUGGGAGAAAGGAAGCGGGGCUGUGCCGUGCCCACCGGUGGGCUCCCUUGUGCCCUAAGCUGGGCAACGUGGGGCUGGGGAAGCUGCGCUGGGCAGCUGUGGUGACCCCGGUGCUGGAGCACCGCCUGGACGGGUGAGUGGCACAGCCCCAGACCGGGGGAGACGGGGACCCUGCGGCCAAAGGAGCUCAGGAGAGGUCGCCUGCGGCGCGUGGCCCCGCUACCGCUCGCACGAUGUCGGUCGAGGCUCUGCACGCCGGCGAUGCCAUGAAAGGGAUGGCGGCGAGAACCCCCUUCACCUCGGCCAUGCCCAUCCGCAUCCUCAACAAGGGACCCGAGUAUUUCCGACGGCGAGCUGAACCGGCUGCCCGAAAACCCAGUGCCGUGGAGAGGUUGGAGGCCGAUAAAGCCAAGUACGUCAAGAGCCAGCAGGUCGCCAGCACCCGGCAGGAGCCGGUGAAGCCUCCGCUGCUCAAGCAGCCGCUCUUCGUGCCGGGCGUGCGCCGCGCCAUGCUCACCCCCAGCCGCAAGACGACGCCGGGACCGCGCUCAGCAGGCAGGGCCAAGACCUCGCUCAACCUGGAGAUCCUCAACCACCUCAUCAACGGCUGCGACAGCCCCAAAGCCGAGAGCCCGCGGGGUGGGGAGCGGCACGGCGCGGCGGAGGCGAUGAACGCCAGUAGGGUCGGCAAGGCACCGGGGAGCCCCGCUGCGCCCAGACCCCCUGGGACCGUGGCGGUGCGCAGGGUGGACGUGCGGCCCUGCGGGGCCCUGCCUCCCGCCGUGCCGGGAAUACGGGUGCCGUCGUCGCCCUCCCCGUGCAGAGUGCCCGCAACGCCGGUUCUGAGCUCACCCAGCCGCCCCGAAAGCGCCCGCCGGCAAACCCUGCUGCACCGCUCCAAGUCGGACCUGAGCGACCGCUUCUCGCGGGCCACCGCCGACCUGGAGCGCUUCUUCAACUACUGCGGCCUCGACCCCGAGGAGGUGCGGGACAUGGGGGCCGAGCAUUUUGCCCGUGCCAGCUCCGAUAUCGUGUCCGUCAAGUUUCACAGCGUCAGCACGGCCAGCUCGGAGGGCGGACGCUCCCCCCGCAGCGCGGCCACGCCGGAGGGCCGCCCGGCUGAGCGCAUGCCCUACGGCAUCUCGGUGGUGGAGCGCAACGCCCGCGUCAUCAAGUGGCUGUAUGGGCUGCGCCAGGCCCGCGAGCCCCAGCAGGUCUCCAACGUGUAGCCAGGC